CCAAUGGCAGCCUGAUCUGGCUGAAUCCAGCCUCCUCCCCUCUCAUCAUCUGUCUCUCUCCUUUUCAGGGAGUGUAAAGGGUGGAUGUGAGUGCAGAUUCUGGGAACCAGGAGACCCUGCACUCAGGACUGAGCUCUAUCCAACUCACACUGCAUCCUGAUUACCGGGACUGGCUUUCAGCUCUUUUACUCAUUCACAUUUUGGGAGAUUUUUUUCAGCUCCCAUACAUUCACCAUUUCCACCUUUUUCCACCUAAAUUUGCCCAAAUCCCUCCAUCAGCACUGGAUAGCAUGAAGAACACCCAGGGUUCUAUGGAUUUACCCACCUAGAUGGAGACCUUCACAGCUGCCCCUCAUCUCUUUACAUGGAUUAAUCUGUGUUGAUUGUCUACCUACGUCGGUGGUCGGUGGCCUGUAUCUUGGACACAUCCUACUUGUGUGUUAACCCCAUUCCUCCUUUGUGCUCUGGGAUCCCAAUGGCCUCCGUGCCCCCCAUAGUGGGGGAAGGUGGGUUUGUAGAGUUACCCCCUGGGUACAAAGCACCUCACCCCACUGCUGCCAACUCUGACCUGCUCAGGAGACCUAGUUACUGCCAUGCUGCCUAUGCACUCAAACAAAUUGCCAGGGUAAGUACCAAUGUGUGGGCACAUUUAAUGCCCCCUUCUAUUAUCUGUCAUUAGAAAGGUGUCACUAUAACAUUGCCCAAAACAUGCAGUGUAUAUUGUGGGGUGAAAUAAUUGUGGGGUUUCUGAUUAUAUUAUGGGGUGACACUGUUAUAGUGAUAACUAUUCAGUGAUUUAAUGAUUGUAUCAUACACACAGCCAGGCUAUAGUGACAUCUCUAACCUGCAGAGCUUACAAUCUAUGUACUGUUCAGUGCAUGCCCUCCCAACACUGUAUCACAAUACACCCAGGCAGAUAUUAAAUGUGCAGUUGUUGAUAUUAUAAUAUUCCUUGCCAAAGAAGCUGACAGCCUCACCCAAAACUAAUAUUACAAAGCGCACCAAAAGAGCAGCAUGUGUUUGGCAAAAACAGUCUGAGUUAUGAAUGAUGUGGGUUUUGUCAAUUUUCUGAAAAUGAUUGAUUUUUAUUUCUCAUAAAAUUUAAUAAUUUCUGACUGUUUCUCAUAAUAAAGUGGGAAUGGGACUGUGAAGCAAUUGACAAGGAAUUGAAAUUUUAGGCCAAAAUAAUCAAACGGAGAAAAUUAUCCAACUUUUCUAGUUACCGUUUCCACCUACUUUGGCCUGAUGUUACCUAUUCCCUUGUUAAUUCUCCUUAACGCCCAGUUUAGUGAAUACGACCCAUCAUCUCUCUGGGAAUGUUAGUAGAAUUGCAUGUUACAAGCCUCUGGGGUGAAAGGAGUGAUUUCCCACACACCGAGUGAGCGGAUUUUGGGCAGAUCUUGUUCCCCUCACUGUUUCCAUUCCUGGGUGGUGACUGCUGGCUUGCCUUAUUCUCUUACCCCUUUCAGAGAGAGCAGUCCCCAGAUCCAUGGAGUAGGAGGAGAGGGGAGAAUUAAUCUCAGAUCAGACUGGAAAGUAAAAAUUCACACGCCCUCAGCUCAUACAUUGUUAGGUUUAGAUGUCACUGGCCUGAAGAGCUUACACUCUAAUAGGUGUAUAUUGUUUGUGUUAAAUCGUGUGCUUUGUGCUGUCAUUAAGGAGCCAGAUCCAUGAUAGCAUGGCGACCAGUGUUUUAACAGGUAGAAUGCCAACUGUGCCAUGCAAACAUGACCCUUGACCUCUUGACCUUGCCUGGGAUUAGAGUGACACCCGGUCCAUGUAGUUAUAGCCAGGAGGGAAGCGGACGGUGGCAGCUCGUUAAUAAAAGCUGCGGAUGUUGGCUAUAGAGUUACUGACAAUUGCAUUAAAAUGUCUUUAUUCAGGUGGGAGGUCAGUGCGUAAUUUGGCUGUAAGGGGCUCUGCUGCCCCACACCCACUCCCACAUUUGUUCAUCCAUUUGGCACUGGGGCCAUCGAGGCACUCUGCAUGUACCCUGCUAUAUUUCACUCAUUGGUUUUCGGAGAGCAACACCUGUGACAUAAGAGAGACCGUUCCUGUCAGUGUGUGCGUGGCGGGGGUAUGAAUUGAUAGGUUUGUGUAGUGUAUCCCCUCCAGACACGGAUGGGAUUAUUAUUAUUGGUAUUUAUAUAGCGCCAGCUUUACAAUAAGAGGGGAAUGGCAAUAAUCUGCUCUGUGGGCAUUGCUGAGCCUGUGCCACCUGAGCAGGCGGCUCCCUCCCCUACCCACAGGAUGCUAGCUGCUCCCUUCCCUUGGUAGCUGUGUGGUUGGCGCCGUAUCAGUUUUCCAGCCACAGGGCACUGGCAGCUUCUGGCUGCAGCCACAAAAAUGUGGGAAAAUUCACUUUGGUUUCUGCCUAACGUUCACCCUUUGUUUUCUGCUGAAUCUUAAUCCUUUUAUUUCCGGCCACAGUAAAAUAUUAUCAGCCCCAUUUCUUGCUCCCAACCUCCGUUAUCCAUUCAUUUAUACCCUUCUAUUUCCUCUAUUUAUUUCUCUUUUUCUCCCGAUAGCCUCUCUCUCCGUAUUUCUUAGCCUGCUAUGUGGGUGGGAGAUCUGUACAGACCAGGUGGGCUGUAAAGGCCACAAUAAAUUGUCUGAGUCAGUGUUUAAAUUCUGAGUUUUCACAUCGCAAGACAAGACUUUUAUGGCAUUGAAAGCUCAUGUGCAACAUCUAUAAAGAUCAGUCCCAUAAAUUCUGUUAACAACCUGCAAAGAAUUAGGGCUCAUCGGACGACUCCUGUACUUCAACAUCUGUAACUAAUAUCACCGCUGGCACUACCUGCUAGGGGAUCUCACACUGUUACAAUCAGGAGAUAUCAGCGCACAGAACUGGCUAACCCGGGGAUACCUGGGCACGUAGACAACUUUUAGUGACCCCCAAGAGCAGCUGUGUUGAAAGCUGCUCAAGGCAUGGUGACUGCGGGCUGUAUUGUUCUGAUGUAUAGGAAUUCUGGUGGGGUGCUGCGUGUGAUUGAUGACAUUUGGUGUUUUUUUGUCUUCCUAGGGUAAAGCAGUAGGUCAGAAAGCUCCUCUCUGGCUGAGGGCUCAGUUCCAAGCUCUACUCUUCUGGCUCGGUUGCUCCAUUCACAGACAUUGCGGAAAAGUAUUAUUUAUCGGACUGUUGGUGUUUGGUGCUUUGACGGUUGGACUUCGAGUGGCCUCCAUCGAGACGGACAUUGAACGGCUAUGGGUUGAAGGUGAGUGUCGAUUGUAUUCACCCUGUUAUUGUGAGUUUUUAUUUUUUACGUAAUUCAUUCGAAACAAAUGAUUUGAUCGCAAGGAGCAAAAAUGUUUUAGCCAAUAAACACCUACAUUUUAAAGUAAUAUUUAUUUAUUAAAAUAGAUUUUGGUGGUAACGUAAUGCUCGGUUGAUGGUUUAAUAAAGAGGCAUGAGUAAUUCAGUGUUGAUGUUAUUGGUACCAGUUUGUGCCGGAAUGUCCGUAUGGAUGUAUUGGUGUAAGAAGGUGAUGGUAAAAAUGGAGGUCAUGCCCAAACUGUUGUCGUAGAAGGUGGGGCGCAUACUGUUCAUUCGUAAAGCGCCAACAUACUGUGUCAUGGGAGGCAUUCAAGAAUUUGUUGCAAAUAUGAUACGACAGUUUGCAGAGAAUGAUGGGAAAUGUAGUCCAGCAACUGGACUCAUCUUUUUUGUAAGUUCGAGGCGCUGACUUUAACCCCUUAAGGACACAUGACGUGUGACAUGUCAUGAUUCCCUUUUAUUCCAGAAGUUUGGUCCAUAAGGGGUUAAAUGUUGGCUCCUGUAAUUACAAUUAAACUACAUUUCCCACGAUGCUAAGCCAGCUAGGGAGUAUGAUACAAUAUUACAGUGUACGCAGGCUGCUCACAUGUAAAGUAUUUAUUUUACUCUGUAUGAGAACACACUGUACAUGCGCACUGACAGAAACAUAACUCCGCCUCUUUUAGACGCCAAUCAGGUUAUUACAGGAAGUCCCUGUCAAUGACAGGAUUUGGCAGUGUGGGCUCUAGCAGUGGCGGUCUCCACUUUCUAAUGACAGUUUGCUAAUUACAUACUCCUUGCCCCCUAACCCCUAUGGUCCCAGUAUGGCACUGCGUUGAUAUGACAGUCGCUGUGUCUGGAUUUGCAGAUUGGAGGAUUAUUUAAGCAGAGCCUUCUUCACCUAUUCUGUCUGUCAGUAUUUUAUCAUUGUAUGGUAAGCCAUCACUGUAAAAUUGUAAUAUCCUGCAAAAAUAUAUAAAUGCCUAUAGUAAUAAUGAGAACAUGAAAUGCUCGCGUGAAUGGGAUGAUUUAUUGGAAGAGUUGUCAGAUUCUCAACUUUUCUGGAAAAAUAAGCUGAUUCUCAUGAUCAAUGAGCUGAUUCUCAGGGUCUGUGUAUGAAUGAACAGAUUCUCAGGGUCUGUGGGUGAAUGGACAGAUUCUCAGGGUCUGUGGGUGAAUGGACAGAUUCUCAGGGUCUGUGGGUGAAUGGACAGAUUUUCAGGGUCUGUGUAUGAAUGAACAGAUUCUCAGGGUCUGUGUAUAAAUGAACAGAUUCUCAGGGUCUGUGGGUGAAUGGACAGAUUCUCAGGGUCUGUGUAUGAAUGAACAGAUUCUCAGGGUCUGUGUAUGAAUGAACAGAUUCUCAGGGUCUGUGGGUGAAUGGACAGAUUUUCAGGGUCUAUGGGUGAAUGGACAGAUUUUCAGGGUCUGUGGGUGAAUGGACAGAUUUUCAGGGUCUGUGUAUGAAUGAACAGAUUCUCAGGGUCUGUGGGUGAAUGGACAGAUUCUCAGGGUCUGUGUAUGAAUGAGUCAGUUCUCAGGGUCUGUGUAUGAAUGAGUCAAUUCUCAGGAUCUGUGUAUGAGAGGGCAGAUUCUCAGGGUCUGUGGGUGAAUGGACAGAUUCUCAGGGUCUGUGUAUGAAUGAGUCAAUUCUCAGGAUCUGUGUGUGAAUGAGCAGUUUUUCAGGGUCUGUGUGUGAAUGAGCAGAUUUUCAGGGUCUGUGGGUGAAUGGACAGAUUCUCAGGGUCUGUGUAUGAAUGAGUCAAUUCUCAGGGUCUGUGUAUGAAUGAGCAGAUCUUCAGGGUCUGCUAGUAAAUGGGCAGAUUUUUAGGGUCUGUGGGUGAAUGAACAGAUUUUCAGGGUCUGUGUGUGAACUAGUAGAUUCUCAGGGCGUGUUUGUGAAUGAGCAAAUUUUCAGGGUCUUUGGGUAAAUGGGCAGAUUAUCAGGGUCUGUGUACGAAUGAUUCAAUUCUCAGGGUCUGUGGGUGAACUAGCAGUUUCUCAGGGCCUGUGUGUAAAUAAGCAGAUUCAGGGCCUGUGUGUGCAUGAGCAGAUUCUCAGCGUCUCAGGGAGAACGUUAAGAACAGAUUCUAUUUUCAUUCUGCUGGUUAAUGUUGGAUAAGUUGUGGUUUCCAUGAUGACUGGUAUUAUUUUGCACCUUUGCAGAAACACCUUUCUGAAUAAGCAUAGAACAUUUCUGUCCCCAGGAAUAUCACUAAGAAUUGUCAUUCCUGGUAUAAAAGGUACAAAAUGUUGGUCUUGCGGUAAUAUUGUGCCUUGUUAUUGUGCUUUGUUACUGCUUCCAGUCAACGCGGUCAUGCACGGCCACUUGGCUCUAAAACUCGUAAAAAGUAAUUGUGCCAAAUGGUUGGACUUAUUGUGUGCCUGCAGACUGGCGGCUGGGAAUAAGAUGUUCUGCAGGAUCUGAGGUACUGGAGAAGGGACACAGACCAUAUACAGAUAAACAGUCAUGUAUUGAGAAAUAAGGGCUGGGAAUUCUUUGCGGAGCUGAAAUGGAUUUCGUUUUUUUAAUGACAAAGCAUUAACCUUAUUUAUUAAACUCUGAAAUGUAGCAAAUUAGUGUCUGAAUAGGGAAACGUAGGAAAAAAUAGCUGUUUUUGGAGGAAACCUUCUCUCACUCAGCCAUAGUGUGACAUUCAUAGUUAUUCACUAAAAUGCAAAUUGUUGGGAGUUCAAAGAGAAUUUCACAUUUAAGGCUUAAAUAGCCGAGUUGGAAGAGUUCUCAACUAUGCUUCCAAUUCAGCUAUUAUGGCCUUAAAUGUGAAAUUCUCUUUGAAUUCCCACCAGUUCUCUCUUUAGUGAGUAUGCCUGUCGGAGUUCAGUUUUUGCAAUGUAGACAGUAACACUAUUUCAGGCUGCUGCAGAACAUCUUCCAUAUAUUAUUAUUAUUAGCGUGUCCGUAUUCACUGAACGUUGCAGACAGAAGUAACAUUAUUUUGGUUCAUUUAUUAUAAGUAAUCGAUUAUCUUCUCAAUCCUGAAAAAGACCUUUUAUCCAGAGGUAACCAGGGUUUACUUCCUGUGAAUGAUGAAGCCGAUGAGCAUCAUGGGAAAUGUAGUCCAUGAACCUCUGCAGUGUAAAGGUUUAGCACACUGUCCGUAACCCUAAUCUGGGGAGCACACUGUUAGUAACCCUAAUCUGGGGAGCACACUGUCAGUAACCCUGAUUUGGGGUUCACACUGUCCGUAACCCUAAUCUGGGGAGCACACUGUCAGUAACCCUGAUCUGGGGAGCACACUGUCAGUAACCCUGAUCUGGGGAGCACACUGUCCGUAACCCUGAUCUGGGGAAUACACUGUCAGUAACCCUGAUCUGGGGAGCACACUGUCCGUAACCCUAAUCUUGGGAGCACACUGUCAGUAACAAUGUGGGUUACCCUGAUCUGGGGUGCACCCUGUGGGUAACACUGAUAUGGGGUGCACACUGUGAGUUACCCUGCUGUGUGGUGCACACUGUGGGUAACACUGAUAUGGGGUGCACACUGUCCGUAACAAUGUGGGUUAACCUGAUCUGGGGUGCACACUGUGGGUAACACUGAUAUGGGGUGCACACUGUGGGUUACCCUGAUCUGGGGUGCAUACUGUGGGUAACACUGAUAUGGGGUGCACACUGUGGGUAACACUGAUAUGGGGUGCACACUGUGGGUAACACUGAUAUGGGGUGCACACUGCGGGUAACACUGAUAUGGGGUGCACACGGUGAGUUACCCUGAUCUGGGGUGCACACUGCGGGUAACACUGAUAUGGGGUGCACACGGCGAGUUACCCUGAUCUGGGGUGCACACUGCGGGUAACACUGAUAUGGGGUGCACACGGUGAGUUACCCUGAUCUGGGGUGCACACUGCGGGUAACACUGAUAUGGGGUGCACACGGUGAGUUACCCUGAUCUGGGGUGCACACUGUGGGUAACACUGAUAUGGGGUGCACACGGUGAGUUACCCUGAUCUGGGGUGCACACUGUGGGUAACACUGAUAUGGGGUGCACACGGUGAGUUACCCUGAUCUGGGGUGCACACUGCGGGUAACACUGAUAUGGGGUGCACACGGCGAGUUACCCUGAUCUGGGGUGCACACUGCGGGUAACACUGAUAUGGGGUGCACACGGUGAGUUACCCUGAUCUGGGGUGCACACUGCGGGUAACACUGAUAUGGGGUGCACACGGUGAGUUACCCUGAUCUGGGGUGCACACUGUGGGUAACACUGAUAUGGGGUGCACACGGUGAGUUACCCUGAUCUGGGGUGCACACUGUGGGUAACACUGAUAUGGGGUGCACUGAUGAUCUGGGGUGCACACUGUGGGUAACACUGAUAUGGGGUGCACACGGUGAGUUACCCUGAUCUGGGGUGCACACUGUGGGUAACACUGAUAUGGGGUGCACACUGUGGGUAACACUGAUAUGGGGUGCACUGGGGUGCACACUGUACACUGAUAUGGGGUGCACACUGUGGGUAACACUGAUAUGGGGUGCACACUGUGGGUAACACUGAUAUGGGGUGCACACGGUGAGUUACCCUGAUCUGGGGUGCACACUGUGGGUAACACUGAUCUGGGGUGCACACUGUGGGUAACACUGAUAUGGGGUGCACACUGUGGGUAACACUGAUAUGGGGUGCACACGGUGAGUUACCCUGAUCUGGGGUGCACACUGUGGGUUACUGUGCAGCAGUGAGUGCAGCAGGGAGAGCAUGGCUGCAGUAGGCAGUGAGCAGACACAAAGUAUCCCAGCGCUGGGAUCUAAUGGAAUCAGCAUUCCAUAUACAGAGACAGAGAAAACAAACUAAGGAUUUCUGUGAGCGGCUGCUUAUUGGUUCUCUUCUGUAAGCAGGAAGGGGGGGAGGGGGAGUGCUGGUUUCUUGGGUGGUCACCAUUGGCAGUGGGUGGUCUGGGACCUAAUAGGAAGAGCACAAAAGGCUUCUUGGUGGAGCUACAGGAAUUGUAAGCAGCUGUGCCCUGUAAGGAGGGGGGUUGGGAGCUUUUAAACAUAGACUGGACGAUGUGUAUAUAUAAUCUAUACGUUACGUCCAUAUAUACAAACAUCCACGCCUCUGUCUCAGCUCACAUUCUACGCUGGAGGAUUUACAUCUAAAAUAUCUGCCAUCCGUAACAGAAUAUGUCUGGAAAUUAAUAAAUGAAGGACACAUAGUGGGACCAUGACGCCUAAUUCGCUAACAUGUAACGCCGUCAGCUACUGCUCAAACUUUGGCAAUAAAAUUAUGAUCCAAAUCCGAUGGCUUAAAUAUUGCGCUGGUUAAUGGAUAGACUCUGUGGAGUUUCAAUGAAAUUUUUAGCACUUUAAAAAGAAUGUGAAAUUAAUUAAACAGCACUUUGGAGUCGGUAAAAAUUAUAUAUAUAUAUAUAUAUAUAUAUAUAUAUAUAUAUAUACGAAAAUGUCAAAGAUAAUGUUUUAAAACGUGUGUAUUCGGGGCUUGUAGGAGGGCAAUGCAUUACAGAUGUGUUUUUUGUAUUCUACAAUUAAAAGCCUUUUUCAUUUAUCACACGCAUUUAUAAGAUAUAUUAAAAAUAUAUCUUUGUAUUUUCCUAAGGGAGUGAUAGGAGUAGGAGUUGGUUCAGUUGUUGCAAUAGCCUGUGUGUUUUGAGAUAUUUAAAGGAUCCACACACAGUCUGCAGGAUUUAAUAGAGAAGAGAUCGUGGAUUGCUCGUAAUUCAAAAUGUCACUGUCUGUCAGCACCCCCAGCUCUGGAAAAUACAAGAUAAGAGUCACUAACGAUAACUCCCAAUCCACGUGUAAUUAAAUGAUCCCUAAAGAAGAGGGGGAGUACGCAGAGUCCUCUGUGAAGGGAUUUGGAGAUUAUAUGUGUUAUGAUUAAUUAGACUUUGAGUUUUGUGAUUUGCCGUCACCCCUUGUGAUUCUGAUUUUCAUGUUUUCUGAGAAGUAGCCGGGGCGGGAUAGAGCUAAGCUUGAUGAGAGUUGUGUUCGGAGAUGUUGGCUGAUUAUUUCUACAAUGUGGCCGUGUAUAUUUUGUGUUAUAUAUCGUACAGCGCUACGGAAUGUGAUGGCGCUAUAUAAAUAAUAAAAUAAUAAUAAUAUUGUUUUGCGCAUUAGAAAAAGUCCGCAGCAUGCCCCCUCUAUAUGCUGUCGAGAUAUUUAACUCUGGGUCUCGUCCUGUGUAGAGUGUCCUGUAACGUUUUAGCUGCUCACUUUAGCCAUAUACAGUUUAAUGUCUAGAUCUUGAAUCUGAAUUGGCAGCUGUCGCCUCGGGAACCUGAUGUUCUAACUAAGCUUUGCGUUAAUAUUAAUAUUUUAAGAGAACCCAAGGCUGACGAGUUUCUCAAUGGUAGAUCACUAGCCAGGUGUGGUUAGAGGCCUUUUUUGGAUGAAAAUCAGUCUAUAUUGACUUUGCCACAUCAAACGUUGUUUAGACAAAGUCUGGUCCCAUCCCAAAUAAAACUACAGCCCACCCAGUGAGACUACUGGACCCCCCUGUCACACAGGAUGUCCCUUCUUCUACUCUGAUGUCCCAGUUUUGUAACAUAUUUAAUGUGUGGCUCUGUCUGAGUUCUGUGACUUUGGAAGAAAUCGUGAUUUAUUUUGACACUAUGCGACAGGUUGGUCCCAGGUGUAAAUGUACAUGGAAUGUACACCAAAAGCUACGUUACAAAAUAGUAAUCGUAAUGAUCAUAUCUUAACACCACACGCAGAGUACGCAGAAAAUCUCAACCAUUAUUUUACUUUUUCCGGGUAGACCAGAGCACCAUGCGUUUGAGAUUGUCUAACAACAGGGCCCAUCUCCCCAAACAUUGCCCCAUGGAAACAAUUACUGUUCCAUUCUAGCCCCUAGACCAUUAUAAUGAUCUGCCCUGGGAAAGGCGUCUCUCAUCCUCUCCAGCCUGCUCUUUCUGCUGGUCCUGGCUGGACUGUAAAUCCCGUUAUUAGAAGUUAUAGAGUAUCCUAGCAGCAGUAGUUGAGACUUUAAGUACUAUUUGUUUCCUAUCAAAGUUAAUCAUUUUCUUGGGUUAAUUAAUUCAUUAGUUCAUUCAGAAAAUUCUCAGGUAAUUAAUAGUAAAUAAACUACCUAUGUCUUACUCCAAUAUGUUCCUGUUUUGGCCUCGGGGAGGAGAGGGUGGACAUGUAAAAAGUUAUCACAAGCAAUAUAAUAACAUUUCUAGAUUAUUUUAAAGUCCGAGCCAUCAGCACAUAGUGAAAUUAAAUCAGGAGGAUUAUAUGUGUUGUUAUAAAGUAAUGGUGGUGGGAAUGAGGUGGUGGGGGUCCUUUUUCCCUCUCCCCUCCUUCUGUCUUGCUUGUAUUAGAACAAUCUAGGAGGACAUUCACGGUGCACACAAUAGGCCCAGUCUGAGUGGGUAAAGUGCUAUUGAGACUUGGGGAAGACUGUGCAUCUGCUCUUAGUAUUUAUGGUGUGGAGUGCUUGGCUGAGAUGGGAGUUCUGAGCACUAUUUAUAUGGGGUGUGGGAAAAAGUUAGACUCCGUGCUUAAACUAUUGGUCUGGGAUCGCUUGUUACCAGUCCCCCCCCCUCCCACCCCCCUUUACCUCCCAUUAAAGGACCUAGAGCGAGAGCUACACUGUUACAGGAUUAAUUUUUAAUUUAGUAUAAUUUAUUUAACCCCAUACUAAGAAUCUUUCCUUCUCGCUCUAUAACACACAUUAUCUCAAUGUUUUAUAUAUUAUAUGUCUGGUUUCGUUAUGACCCAAGUGCUGCAUGAAACAGAGCAAAAAUCAAAAAUAUAUCUUCAUGGUUUUUCACCAAUGGGUGAAAUACGUGGAUGGGGUCAUCUGAGGGAGACCCCACCCCCCCUCCACCCAGACAGCUAAAUGAAGAAUUACUAAGGACUGUUUUGCCGAUAGCAAAGAAAUGUUUAAUCAUUUUCUCAAAACGAUAAUAAAAGCCAUCUCUUAUAGUGAUGACCCUGUUGGCUCCCAGGCCCCAUGAUGACACAUUGCGACUCAGCUUGGGAAACGGAUGUUUUGCCGAACGUAAUAAUGCAGAUAACGAUCUUGAUAAUUUCCCAAAUAUUUCUGCCAGGGCUUGGUGACUUUUCAUUUUUUAAUGGCUUCAAUACGGGUACAUUGUCCGUGUGUGCAGUCACAGAUAGACAGAGAUGUUUAAAAUCUGAUGGUAGAAAGGACUGAUCACUUAAAUUGCAGGAAAUGGCUCCGAUCUCUUAGACUUCCCAACGCUAUGUCCAGCUGAGUCUACAUUUGGGAUCUCCAGUCUUACAGACCAGCAUAAAUGUCUGAGAAUUACAGUUGAACAAAAGCCAAAGGUCUAAAGCUGGACAUCCCUUGUCUACAGUAAAGGGACAGUUGAUUAUUUAAAAAUUUGACUGAGUUACAUUAGAGCCACGUCAUUGGGUAUCACAGGCCAAAUAGGAGUGAUGGUCAAAACGCCAUGUCAGUUUAUAAUGAUUUACACAUAUAACUCCAAGAAUGUCCUCAGCGUUACAGCUCGGAGUUCUGUAGCAUAGAAUUUCAUCUCCUGCGAAUGAGCUUUUCAAAGCUUCUCGUUAUAUCAGUAAUAAGAACUAUUUUUUAAUUUAUCUGUCAUUUUAAAAUCACUGUAUGGAGCUGGUAUGAUUGUGUCAAGAAAUGACGCCCAAUGGCUCAAUUGAGCAAGGGAAUCUAGAUUAUUGUUUAACACAUUUACUCUGUGCGAACAUACAGAACAUGACAAUCAUUGGUUUAAGGCUGAAUAGACGGAGGUUAGUUUUAACAUUCGAUUGUUUUUGGGACGAGACAGCUAAUACUUUAUUUGCUGUCUAGGGGGCCGGUAAAUAUGUAUCCGAGAACCCCUUGUGAGACACAUCCUCUCGAGCAGUGGGGGGCUCUCACAGAUAGCUUAAUCCAUAUAAUCCCUUCCCCCAAAACACUUAGAGGAGACGUAUCCAUAGACUGCUAAUUUCAAGCUCCCUGGAGCAAUUGUCCUAAAUACAGAGCGGUGGGAGAGACCGUUCCAAGCAGAGGUUACUUUAUCGCAUGGUAUAGAAUACCGGUAUAUCUGUGAUUUCUGUAUGAAAGCUGCCCUGGGGUUGCGAUGACUACUCUUGCGUUAUCGAUACGUCCAGAGGCGAACUGUGCACACUUCAUAGUGGUUAAUAGAAUGUGAAAUUUUGGACAUUUUGCAAGUAACUAAUUGUGUUGGAUGAACUUGUAAGGCACGGAGAAUCCUGCAAUGGCCUUGUCGUGCAUAACAGACCUCCCGUACUGAUUUAGAAAUCUGUUACAAAUUGCUAACUUCCUGUUGGUAGUCAUGCCAGGGCUGAGAUAGACAGCAUUAAAGCGCAGACGAGAACGCAAGUUUGGCCUUGUUAGUUAGUUCCUCCAAUAUGUGUUCUACGAACAGACACCGGGGUAGAACAGCCUGCAUGUUCAGCAGAUCAGAUCUCUUAAACAUACAAAACGGCCCGGGGUUUACCCACUAAACACUGAAUUGUGGUAAACCGAAAACCCUUCUGUAAAAUGUAAGCAAAUAAAUAGCGUAUUUAGAAAGACUAUCCAACGUUUGGUGUAGUCACAGCUGGAAUAUUUCAGCCUAAAUAUUGCAAUUCGCUGUAAAUAUACUGCUGGGGAUAGUCAAUAAACAGUGAAGCAAACACGGAAACGUUUCCUUCACCAAGAGCUGGAGAUAUUUUCUUAUAACACAAAGAUAACGUGUUAGUCGGACUAUGAACAAAUAAUCUGAAAUGGCCUGAAGCUAGCAUGGGAAAGUACUUUACACGCAUGUGCUGUGCCACGAGUACUUAAAGGGACACUACGAGCACCAUAAUCACUGCAGCAUAUUGUACUGGUUAUGGUGCACAGACUUUGUUUAUGGUUGCAGUCACAUUGGAUUUUGGGAAAAAGUAGGGUUCCUUCCUGGCAUCCCACGGGCCUGCCCCCCGGCCUGGGGCAUUAUAUGAGAACGUUUCACCUUAUUAUGCAUCCAAAAUAUUUACAUGGGAGAGUGGGAUUCAUCCUUCCCCUUUUCAGCGACUCUCUAUUAACACAGACUCUGUGUGUAGAGUCCUUGUGACCUAUGGUGUAGUAGUUAUGGUGUGUGUAUUUCCCAUUUAAGAGCGAUUAAGUUGGGAUUUUUAAAAGAUAAAAGCUGCCAUCAUCAUUUGUUUGAGGAUAUCUAAACACCGAAAAUGAGGUCUGAGCUGAGGUUUGUGUGAGCUGAGGUGUGUGUGUAUGUCUGUGUGUGAGCUGAGGUGUGUGUGUGUGUGUCUGUGUGUGAGCUGAGUUGUGUGUGUGUGUGUGUGUAUGUAUGUGUGGGUGUCUCUAUGUGCCUGUGAGCUCAUAGACUAUCCGGUCUGCGCAAAUUGUGUGUGUGUGUGUGUGUGUGUGUGUGUCUGUCUGUGAGCUAGCAGAAUUCUGAGGUCUGUGCAGAGUGUGUGUGUGUGUGUGUGUGUGUAUGUAUGUAUGUAUGUAUGUAUGUGUGGGUAUCUGUGAGCUUGCAGAGACUCUGUGCUCUAUGCAGAGUGUGUGUGUGCCCGUGUGUGUAUGUAUGUGAGCUGGCAGAGGCUGUGAGGUCUAUGUAGGGAGUGUGUGUGCCUGUGUGUGAGAUGAGGUGUCUGUGUGUGAGCUGAGGUGUGUGUGUGUGUCUGUGUGAGCUGGCAGAGACUGUGAGGUCUAUAUAGGGAGUGUGUGUGUCUGUGUGUGAGCUGAGGUGUGUGUGUCUGUGUGAGCUGGCAGAGACUGUGAGGUCUAUGUAGGGAGUGUGUGUGUCUGUGUGUGAGCUGAGGUGUGUGUGUGUGUCUGUGUGAGCUGGCAGAGACUGUGAGGUCUAUGUAGGAAGUGUGUGUGUCUGUGUGUGAGCUGAGGUGUGUGUGUCUGUGUGAGCGGGCAGAAACUGUGAGGUCUAUGUAGCGAGUGUGUGUGUCUGUGUAAGCUGGGGUGUGUGUGUCUAUGUGAGCUGGGGUGUGUGUGUCUGUGUGAGCUGGCAGAGACUGUGAGGUCUAUGUAGAGAGUGCAUAUUAGUGUGUGGGGGUUACCUUUAAGUACUUGUUAUCACAUCUGCUGUGGGGUGGGAAUAUUUCCUGUUUAAACAUGACCGACUAUGAGUUGGCAGCUAACAAAAUGCUCUAUAAACCGCUGCUACCCCCCUGUCUUUACCCCAGACAGUAGAAUGGCUCGUGUUUAUUUUGCAGCCGAUCUGCGAUUGACAGAUUUAAUGCAGCACGCAUGGAUUGUCUAAGCAGAGGGGGCUGCUGGGAAAAUAUUAAGAUCAUAUAAUACUAUUUUUUUUUUCUAAACUAUGUAUUAUUAAUGACGCAGCCAAUGCAAACACCUUCCCAGAGUAGAGCUAGUCACCCAUGAACACCCUCACUCGCCCCAUGAGCUUAACAUAUGGUGGAGCACUAGCCACGCUCUCGUGCACACAGAGCACACGUGUACUGUUUGGGUGGCUCAGGAAAUAUCAGCAAUUCCAAAGCUGCAGUCAACCAGGUUGAGUUAUACUGCCGCUACGGGGAUAUACAUAGUGACUGUUUGUGGGCUGAGAGUGAGGAAGGGGUAGGAACGGGAACCCACCAAGAAUAAUAUGUGGAUUUAUUGUUAAUUAUAGAAUUCUCUUUGUGAAUGUCUUACCAUUGUCACCAAUUCUCUAGGGCAAUAAAGCAGAAAAGAAUUCUGGGUAGCGACUCUCAAAAAGGGGCUUAUAAAAUAUAUGGCUGCAAAAGUUUUAUUAAAAAGAGCUGCCUUUCCAAAUUUGGAAAGCAAAGUUUAUUCUAUAAACAGUGAGUUGACCCCUAACUUGCUAAAUUUACUCCAAAAUUGCAAAUCUACAAAAAAAAAAACUAAACAAAAGCCCCAAAAGUGUAUUUUCUUUUUCGCUGUUAUAUAGAUAUAUAAAUGUUGAAUUUUUUUUUCCUGAAAAUCCCAGCAAUAAAACCCCAAAUCAUGGUAAAUAUUCUUUGGGAUGAAAUGAAAGUGUUGGGAAAUGUGCAUGUGUGGGCUUUUAUGAAAGGCUCCUAUUAUUUAUGAUUAUAGUUCAUUUCUUGGAGAAAUAUCAUUUAGACAUUAUAACAAGUACAACACACGUGUCUUGUUUGUUUAACACGGACACAUAGCUCUGGGGAACCGCUAAAUGUAUAGAAUUAUAAUUGAAACCUCCGACACAUUAUCUCGGAGAGUAUUGACCUGCUAUAGUAAUAACAUGCCUGAGACCGCUGAGAGUCUGAGUUUUUGUAGCCUAGUCUAGCACAGUUAGCGUGGGAGUGUGUGUGUGCAAAGUGCGAAUGAGUAAAACACCCGGCUCAAUCACAUGGGGACCAGAUGAGGGAUGAGCUGCCAGUUUGGGUGGUCCAGAUGGGCGAGAAUAGACAGUACAGACGGAGAUAUAAGGCCUGGGCCUCAGUAAUUAGUAAAACGUUCCUCCCCAUUCAAGCCUCUCCUUGUCUAUUCAUAGCAGUCAGCCACCCAGUUUUACUGUAGGUUAGAGCACAGGGAGAGAUCACGCAAGUUAUGGUAAACGUGUACAGUUAUUAUGCAGACGCUGCAAGUUUUUUGUAAGCUAGAUAUGAUUAACCUCUGCAUCAUACAGAGUAGGACCAGCUUAAUGUCAUGGUGCUAUGAAGGUUCUUGUCACAGCCAUGGUUGGACUUAUCACCCUCAGCCAGCUGUAAAGGGAGUUGGUGUCACCCAACAGCUGCAGUCUCCUUCCACAAUAUCGUUGAUGCUGGUUUGACCAAAAGGUCUGAAAGCCCAAUGAUUAAACAGGUGUUUUAGAAACAAAAUGCUCUAAGUGCCAUCUUUGUCCUUGACCUUGUUUUGGGGCAAAUUUCACCCUGAUCUUCCUCCUCCUCUCGCUGUGAUCUCCGCUCUUGCCCUCCCUGGCUGUACAGCAGCGUCCUCCGUUUGAAGUUUGUCUCUUCGUCCCCCUGCCUCCUCUUUUCAUGUCUGUUCCCUGGGUUAAUUAGGGAGUUGACAUUCCUCAGCCGAUCUCAAUGUGCUUUGAAGCCCUGAUGGACCAGCACUGCUUCAAAUUAGCGCUAAUGACGAGAAACUUUCUUUCUUUUCACAAAGUUCGCAAGCGGCGCAGUGAAUACCUCAGCUACGCCGUUCCCAUCGUUUGAGAACUUGUUACGACAGUCACAUUUCAACCUAUUUCCUGCCAGGUUAUUAUAGAAUAAGCGGCGGAGGUAACAUUGUUACUGAGUGCAAGCUCUCCGGUGAUGUUUUCUAUGUAAUAUGUGUUCUAUAGACCUUAUUAAUGAACCGUAUACAAACAGUGUGUGAGAAAAUGUCCUCUCCCAGACUGUCGAACAAAUAGCUUGCAUUAUAUUGAGAAAUCCAGUUUGUAGCCUGUUAUAUCUGUAGUAUAUGAUUCGUUCAAUCCCUAAUGAACCCAGACAUUCCAUAUUUACUACUGCUUUGAAAAACGAUCUCCAAUCAGGUGCGGAUAUCCCACUGGCUGUGCGGUCAAGUGUCUUUAUUACCAAGGGGGAAAAGGUCAAUGACUGCAUGUAGUAUCCCCCACUUAUUAAAAUAUUGAAAGUAUUUGUGGUGAAUUUGUUUAUCCAUUUUUUGGCUUUGCGGUAAGUACAGCAAUAAAAACCCGCAGUAGGGCACUUUUUAAAGACAAGAUAUGCAUCACACGUAGAUCUGAACUCAUAAGACGAUGAGCUGGUUUCUGUCUGUGAUGACUAAUAUGAGCCCUGCAGAUGUCCGAGGUCUACAUUGUCCAUGAUGCAUUCAUGAUGUAAAAAAUAUAAUAAUAAAAUUGGUCAGACUCAGCAGACCUAUGACUUACCUAGAACUUUUCACUGGUUUACGAGUUUUCCUCAAUUUUAAACAAGACCGAUUGAAGCUCAAUAAUACUUUAAGCAAGCCAUAGUGGUGGCUGCUCUUCUCUAAAGAAAGUCUUUAUUUUAGGUUUGAUAUUAAAUUCCUAAAAGCCCUGUAUGUUACGAAGGGGCAGAGUAGAUCUGUUAAGAUGACUAUUUCUUACUCUUCGUCUCUCCUGACAGCGGGGAGCCGUGUAAGCCAUGAACUUUGCUACACCAAGGAGAAGUUGGGAGAAGAAUCGGUUUACACAUCCCAGAUGCUGAUCCAGACGCCAAAGAAAGAAGGAGAGAAUAUCUUGAACCAGGAGGCCAUACUUCUUCAUCUGCAGGCAGCUCUGGCAGCUAGCAAAGUCCAGGUGUCUAUGUAUGGGAAGUAAGUAACGUGAAGGUCCGUACUGUGGCCGUAAUCUUUUGAUUAGAACAUUUUCCAACAAUAAUGGGGGGUAAUGAGAGCUGGACAUUUGUGUUCGUUAUAGAAAAAUGUAAUGCUGAGUACUUUGGAAAAGUAUAAAACCCUGUAAUUAAACAUACCACCUCAUAUACACAGCUGUUAUAGAAGUCAUGGCUGUGUCUCAUUUUUUAUAUAUUGACUUAGGGGGGGGGGAGAUAUCAUCUAGUAAGUCGUGGGUUGAGAACUGUAGUGCACAUAAAAGGUAGAUACCUUGAUCUAGGACGUCGAGGACUAUCUACAGCACACCUUUACCACCUGCUUCCUAAAUAUUUGGGUUUCUUAUUGGUCUGAAGAGAAUAGAGAAUGUGUAUUAAUGUCAAAGCAAAAAUCAUACGAUGUUUGAUAUCCUGAAUUAUUCUUUAAACCAUCACUGUGUUCUCCUGCAGAUCGUGGAACUUGAACAAUAUUUGCUACAAGUCAGGCGUUCCAAUAAUUGAGACCGGGAUGAUUGAGAGAGUGAGUACUGUGGAAAAGACAGAUUUGUUGUGUGUUAUAAAAAAAUUCUGUGUUGAAUAAUUAUUGAAUAAUGAUGUAUCUGGGUCAGUGUCGAAACAUAGAGCAGGUUUAAGGACCAAACUUCUGGAAUAAAAGGGAAUCAUGACAUGUCACACAUGUCAUGUAUCCUUAAGGGGUUAAGGAAAUAAAAGUAAAAUUGUGCAAAACACCCAUAGCGAGGUAACAGACAGUAAUAGUUACAUUUCACUAAUUACAUGAUAUUAGGGUGCUGCAUAGACAUUAGUCAGACAGAUUACAAGUAGUUCUCCUAGUAUUGGCUCUUUGCAUUGGUCGGCGUUGUGUUACAUACAGAGAUUACAAUUACAUCAAUAUUUGUAUCGUUCACCAGAUGAUCGAGAAACUCUUUCCUUGUGUGGUCAUCACUCCCCUGGACUGUUUCUGGGAAGGGUCUCAGCUGCAGGGAGGCUCCGCAUACCUACCGUAAGUAUUUAGCCAGUCUUUGUUGAGGUUAUAUGUUCGCUGUGUUAUGAGGGUAUCUGGUCACCGUCAUGCUAGAGGUGGACACACAAGGGCUUUGAUAUGCUCUUCGCUUUCUCACCCCCCUUUACAAGUUCAGGGCUACGGUUGGUGGCAACCUUGAUUUUAGCCUAUGUCAGUGUGUCCAUUUCGGCAACACAAGCCUUGCCUGGAACCCCCCCCCCCCCUUCGCCUACUCCAUGCAAUUAUGUUUCUAUUAAGGCUGAGUGAGUGGGGAUUCAGCCUGCAAGGGGGGGCAGGAGAGGAUUUUGGUGAGGGGGUAAGUGUAAAAGGUGGGGGGGAUGGAAAGGGAAUGGAGGAUGGAAACACAGACAAUAGUGGCCAUUCUUUCUGUUUACAAGUGUGUUUAUCUAUAUGGGGCCCAAGCAAAGCACUUGCUUUGUCAGCAAAUGGUAACACAGCACAUUCUCAUGCUAAUGAACCUGUGGAUGGCAUGAGUUGCUAAACAAAUUGAAAUACUGCCAUUAUUCAGAGGGCUGGUGGACUAAAGAACUGUAAAACAGAAAGGGGGGAGAUAAGGGAAAACCAUGGAGGGAGGAAAAUAGAAUUAGAAGAAUGCAAACGGACCAAAAGAACAGAGGAGCGGAUUACAAGCGAAGAGUGGGGAGAUACGCCAGCGUUAAAUUAUCUGUUGGUUUAGAAGAUGAUAAAAUGUUUGAUGAAAUUCCUGCAGAGGUCUAAAUUCGACAUUCAGCAGCGCACGCUUUCGAGAGUCCUGAAAAUUUAAAUAAAUAAAUAAAUAUGACAUUAUCUAAAUAUAUUGCAUCACACCUGGUUAAUAAUGUGAUAAGGUAACCGAAAGUCUAUGUUAACCCUGUACGUGAUCAGGAUGAGCAGCCAUAGCAGGACCAUUUGAUGGAGGUUUGCCUGUGCAGGAAUUGAAAGGAGAUGUGGUUGGACUGAAGAUUUGAGAGAAGGCGGAUCCGAUGAAGUUGUAAAGGAUUUUUGGUGCUAAUAUAAAUCCUUGAGUCUAUGGUUUUCUUCCCAUGGAUGUCACUGGUCUUUGUAAACAGGUUUUUGGGGUUCGGCUCUUGUGACCCCCAUCUUGGGUAUAGAGUGUUGUAAAGAUAUCUCUUUUGUUUGAAGGAAGCUCGUUCUUGCAAACAGUUCCCCCUUCCGCUUGAGUUCAGUUCAGGGGAUUUUUUCUCUCCCUUUUUUAACGCAAAGAGAGGCAGAGAGAGAGAGCGAGCAAGAGAGAGCGAGAGACGCUUUAUAACAAAGAGUCAGCAAUGUGUGGAAAAAACAAAAGCCUUGAGUUGGCUCAGUGAAGCAAGAAAAGACAGAUAAAGAGACUUCACUCUGGAAGCAACUGCCAGUCGUUUGGUAUGUGGGAAUCUGCGAGAAUCGCCUUCUUUCUGGCCAGAUUUAAUGAAUUAUUGCACUGCCCCAUCUCGGCCUACCCCUCCCUCGCCCGCCAAUCUGAUUCUGUGUGUGUGUGUCCCUCACAGUUUUGUUGAGCUGGGGAGGUGGAUAUUGUAUCUUUUUUUGUUGUUGUUGAGAUUAUAAUCUAAAUUAGUCUUCAUCCUGUUGGGUUAAUGAGUAGGGGGCGGCCAUUUUGGUUUUUGGACCUUUUUUCCCCCUUGUCAAAUGUUCUUGUGAUUGGGAUGUUUUGGAUGAUGUUUAUGCAGUAAAAGGAGAAUUUCUUUACCCCCCUCCCCUCCCACUCCCCUUUAGAUCUCACCUCUCUGUCCUUUUAGUUUACUGCUUGUCUUCCCUCAAACUCCCCCUUAUUCACCUUCCUUUAUGUAAAGCUUGAGAAAACACAGAACUUGUUAUAUAGGGUCAGCACAUCCCAGCACUGAGAGUUUCCCAGCUCGUGAAGAAGGGAUGCGGGGCCCAUACCCUUUCUAAGCCGGCUGCAUGGGGGCCCCCUAAACAGGCAUGGUUGCCCCUUUUAAUGAGAAUUCCACUUGCAAAAAUGUAACCCUUUUAUUUCUGAAUUGGGAUUGUAUGAAACAUGAGUGACAUCUCCUGGUACUUUGCACCAUUUAUUUAUCUUAAGAGACUCGGUGAUAAUAGGCCUCACCCAGCUGCUAAUUCCUCAUUUUCUCCGUAACAUUUGAUCUUAUAAAACUUUGUAUAUUUCUCUCCAGUCUUCCUGUUUGUAGCACUGACUUUUCCUCACCAUAUAAACGCAACCUAAUAUUUAAUAUAUUUUAUUUUGAUGGAUCGUCUUCUGAGCACGUUUUAAAAAGUGUAUGUCGUGUAUUCAAGGUUGCACGACUUGGCUUAAACAGAGUCGCUUGUGUGUUCUGUUACUCUCCAUUUUAAGGCAAGUUUACAAUCAUUCUAUAUCCUUAACUAUUUUCUGCCAAACACAAACCAUCUGUGUAUCACUUUUUAUUUUUCCAUCGUUCCAUUAUAGAAGAUAUUGUUUGUCAAUCUUUCGGAUUGUAUCUUGCUCGAUCUGAAAUCCCAGGAAGAAGUUUAAUUGCGGUUUUAAUUUGAAAACCCAAUGCCUUGGCCAUCUACCUGUGGCAUGCACAGAGUUAAAUUCUCUCCAGCUUGAAGAUCCGUAGCCUAUUUGCAAUGGCGAUAUCUUUCCCAAGCCUUCCACGCAGGGCGGCUGCUCUAUCAAGAUGUUACUGAGUUGCUGUUAAUUGCCCUGACUUGCACUGUGCGUUAAAGAAAUGGUAGCAGGCGGCUUUGUUCCUCUGUGUAACAGGAUCAUACAUGGUAUUUUGCUUAGCAUCUGGUACGCCUCGCUGGUUAAGGGGGGAUAGAGCCCCCAGGAACCACUUAGAUCUUGGGAGGUGAAGAGCAUGGAAGUGCCAAUCAAAAUGAAAAUUAACCAAUGGAUUGCCGAGGUUGCUUGAUACCUAAUCCCUUUACGAAUGGAUUGAUCAGCUUUCCAGGAAAAUAACCGGGAUAUUUUUCUUGUUUUUAUUUUUUAUUUUGUUCUCCUUGUCUGAGCUGUGAGGGAAGGCUGUAAUUGGAACAACCCUCAUGUACAUUUGGGGUUUCUCAGUGUGGGAGGCCGAGGUUGGAGUUACUGCUGGAUUUAUUAAUAAUUUUUAUUUUAAUACCCCACCCAACCACCUAAUAGGGUCUUCUACACCUGGGUAAUUCAUUAGUAAAUGUUCUCACCAUUCGUAGCUUUGUAAUUCUUUAUCAUGCCUGCUCUCCUUGUAAGUAAUGAGUUAGUCAUUCUGUUUGUUUAAAACCCUAGGUUAAAAGUAACACAAGAUGUUUGUUUUUUUGGCAGGGGUCGACGAGACAUCCAGUGGACCAACCUGGACCCCAUCCAGUUAAUGGAAGAACUCGGCCAGUUUGCCAGUCUGGAUGGCUUUAAAGAGAUGCUGGAUAAGGCCGAAGUGGGACGUGCAUACAUGGAGCGGCCGUGUUUGGACCCAACAGAUCCGGAGUGUCCAGAAAGCGCCCCAAACAAGAAAACACAAAAGGUGAGUUACAGUAACCAUCGCUUUACCUCACUCCUUUAGCUGCAAAGAUUUCAGCCAAUAGGAAACCUAUGAUUUAUUAAUCCAGAGAUAAUGUAACUUUCAUAUUUAUCACCUUCCCACUAUAUUCAUAGGGCAGAAGUCUGGAUCCAUCCCAUUGUACAGCGCUGCAGUAUUGGUUGGCGCAUUAUAAAUAAUAACAAUAAUAUGAAGGAGAAAUUAAUUAUAUAUAUAAAUAUGGCCAUUCUAUAUUUGGAGUAAAAAUCUGGAAAUAUGCCAUUUGUCCAAGUCCUGUCUUAUAAAAUCCUGUGACCUUUUAUUAAAUAUAAUGUUUUGAAAUUUGUCCUCUGUAGAAUGUGGAUAUUGCCGCUACCCUGCGCAAUGGCUGUAACGGUUUUUCAAAGAAGUUUAUGAACUGGCAGAAGGAGCUGAUCCUUGGAGGGAUGGUGAAGGGACACGACGGAGACCUCAAAAGGUAAUCGAACAUUGUACAAAUUUUUCUAGCUUAAACACAGGGAGUCAGACAAAACAUAUUUCGGCACAUAUUGUGUAUGUGGUAUUUAGGCUCGUGGACUAACUGUCUCAGAUUUAUCAGGUACCUGGGUGUUUUAGCUACCUGUUCAUUGUACUGCACUACAGAAAAUGUUUGCUUUUCUUAAAAUAAAACAAUGACGAAAUAACCUGCGGAUGUCUUCUCUUCAUAGUGCUGAAGCUCUCCAGACCAUGUACUUACUGAUGAGCCCAGGACAGCUUUAUGAACAUUUUAAGGGCAGCUAUGAGAUUCAAGAUAUCAACUGGACCGAGGAGAAGGCGUCAGCCAUCUUGGAAUCGUGGCAACGAAAAUUUGUUGAGGUCAGUACACGUUUCUAGCACAUUGGUAAUCUUGUAGGCAUUAUUACUUUUUAGAAUAUUUGGUGUAUUGAGAUAUCGCACUAUAAUUAAAGUCUAAAAGAAAGUCACAAGAUGUGUAAGGGUCAGAGGUUAUCGCGGUAGGGCCAUAUGUUCCAAACCAGACCUCCUUUGCAUGGGUAUCUGUGGACGUCGGCCGAAGGAGAUAUGCCCACCAAAGUUUCCAUCAAUCUGGACAGCUUGUGACGUGAUUGGUCCAGGAACACAUACAAGUCCUGCUAUAAUAGAGAGGAGGAAUUUCAGAAGGCAAUGGGGGUGCACCUUCCCCAGAGACCAAGUGACCCUGUCUGACCUUUGCCCCCUUUCACCUCUGACAUCUGUAGCCAUCAUUCUUUGCAGUCCUGAAGGGGAAAAGGUGAAAAGACCAGAGAGAGUUAUGGAUCCUGAUACAUAGAAUUAUCUAGAAAUCAGUCACAAUGUAGUCCAUUGAUGAGUGUGCCUAGCUCACGCUUUAAUCUCCUGCCUGGCCUGCGGUAGGUUGGAGUUCUCAAAAGACACUGAUUAGCCUGCAGACAUACCUGUCAGCUCCUUAACCCCUGGACUAGCAAGCUGUUUGCAGAAAAUUACCUUUAGAAUAUUGGUAUUUUGGGUGUCCUAGAAAGUACACACUUAUAUACACUUUGAUACAUGCACAGAUAUACACAUGCACAUACACACUGAUGUACAGAGACACUAAAUGACACAGACAUUCACUGACAGAUACAAUCACAGUGUGUCUGGUGUUGUGUAAUGGUACCUGUGUGUGCAUGUCUGGCAUUGUGUAGCGUAUAUGUGCCUGAGAGGAUGUGCAAUGAGUUUCCGUGUGCAUAUGAGAGCACACAUGAAAUCUGUGUCUGCGUGUGUCUGUGUAUCUCUGGGGGAGUGAUGUGACAGCAUGAGUGUAUGAGGGAGGGGGACUGUUCUGACACAUAAUCACCCCGUCUACUCCUGGUCCUGUGGACUGCUACUCUGUGGUUGGCUGAGAGACGUCCUAUGUGAGUUAUAUUCCGAAUCAGGCAGGAGAGCCUAGGAUUCUGUCAGUGUCCCAGAAUUUAUCCUUGCGUCUACCAACCAGUUACUGUUUGUCAUACAUUAUAUGCUGAGAGUUCUUAUAUUGUGAAAUGUGAAUUUUUGAUGUUUUUUUGUUUAGCAAGCUCAGAAGUCCAUUCCUCAGAAUUCGUCACAAGAUAUCCAUGCUUUUUCCACCACAACCCUUAAUGACAUCAUGAAAUCCUUCUCAGACGUCAGCGCCAUCCGCGUUGCUGGUGGAUACCUGCUAAUGGUAUGUUAGAGCCUUGAAUUUAAAACCAUAUAAUUUUGUUUUCUCCUUCCAAAACCAAUAGUCAGGAAACCUAAUGGGAAAAGUAACAUUUAACUAGAUAACCCAGUAAUUACAAUACUGGAUACCCCAGAGACACGCACACUACAUUUUCUCACUGUCCUUGUUAAUGGUCUAUAUAUAGGCAAUAUGACGUAACAUUAGGGGCUGGAUUGGGCUGUGGGCGAAUCUACCCACAACACAUUGUCCACAGAAAGUCUAGCGGUUGGACAAGGGCAUCCAACGAUACAUAUCUGCCUGCCAUAGAUUGAGGGCUCGUUUGAGAACGGUCUUUCUCUAAUUCUAAAGCGCUAUAUAAAUAUUAACACUCACUUUUCUUUUUUAGUUGGCCUAUGCUUGCGUUACAAUGUUGCGCUGGGAUUGCUCCAAGUCUCAAGGAGCUGUCGGUUUAGCAGGUGUCCUGCUCGUGGCUCUGUCUGUGGCAUCAGGACUUGGGCUCUGCUCACUUCUUGGCAUCUCCUUCAAUGCAGCUACUACUCAGGUAUGAAAAAGAGUAAAGAAUCCGAUGGGUUUUAUAUUUCAGACAUUAAUAUUCAGAAUAUUAAAUCUAAAAGUGUUUCUGUAACAUUUAGAAAUAAUUUGUAUAUAUGUUUCAAUAUGAAAGUGAAGUACUGGAAAGCAGUAACUCCCUUCUCUUGAGCAUUUUAUCAACUGGAAGCCACUGUGGUCAAAGCAGGAAAUGGUACGAGCAUCAAAAAAUGGCUGCCUCCAGAGUUCUGAAAAUAAGCAAAUGUUAUUAAGCAUAUGUUGAUUUUAAUAUGUAACUUUGCAAACUCUGUGGAAAGAUUGGAUAGUUGCUGUUUCUCAUGGGUAGACAUUGAUUUCCUUUAAGGCGAAGUGAAAUGUGUUCUGAAUCCUGAUCUAAUUUGUGUCAAUAGUCAUUAAUGAUUAUUCCUGACUCUUUGAUUACCUGUCCCCUUGCAGGUGCUGCCGUUUCUUGCCUUGGGCAUUGGGGUAGAUGACAUGUUCCUACUGGCACACGCAUUCACCGAGACCAGCCUGAGUACCCCGUUUAAGGUAAACUAGAGUUUAAGUCAUGUUAAAGACAUUUUCUCGCGUGAAGAUUUCGAUAGCCGUGGGACCACCUCACUGCUGUUUGAAACUUUGCCACAACUGCUUAAUGAAUCUAGACAAUAACUCUUCCUUUGGCUGUCUCUAUAGGAACGGACAGGCGAAUGUUUGAGACGCACCGGAACAAGCGUGGCUCUAACCUCAAUCAAUAACAUGCUUGCAUUCUUCAUGGCAGCCUUGGUACCUAUCCCUGCCCUGCGGGCAUUCUCACUGCAGGUGAGGUCGCAAUUUAAAUGUCAAAUUACUUCCAAGUAAGAUUUAUAUUUAUUGGAUUUAGCAACAUUGUGCUAGUUACGUAUGCAUAUUCAGUAUGAAAAUAAAUCAUUUUAAAAAUAUGAGGUCUAAAGCUACUUAUCUUUACUCUUCGUUCAAUUACCCAUUGUACAGCGCUACAGAAUUUGCUGGCACUAUAUAAAUAAUAAAAUAAUAAUUACAAAGGAUCUACACAAUACUUCACUCCUGUUAUUGUGCUUCAUUUGACUAAUGCAGCUGUUGAAAUAACUUGUGUAUAUAAAUGUACAUAUUUGACCUCCAGUUUAAUAUUAGUUCAGUGAACCUGGAGGGCAGCAAAAGGUAAAAGCAACAGAAGAGGUCUCUGAAGGUAGUGGGCUGAUCUGCUCAGGUGAAAGGUGAUUGAAGUACAAAGAGUAAUAUCCAUGUAGGUGUCACCUCAGGGGCCUGUGGGAGGAGGCUUCAUGGGUGGUCUCCAUGAUAAGACUAAAAAGCAGACAUCUGUGCUGAGGCCUGCCCGGAUGGCUAUAGCUCACACAAAUCAAGCAAACUAAUUAGAUGAGAGAGACACAAAAAUAGUAAAUCUAACGUAGAUAAAUAGUGCCCCGGCCUUCCGCGACGAGGUCAACCCAUCCAUCGAUGGAUCUAUCCACACGGGACUUACUGAGAUGUGGAGGAACAGUUCACAAUGUCAAGAAACAAACUCUAAAAUACACCAUACAAUCAUUUGCUACAGUAGUUCUUAUUGCAAUUAGUUGUAUUUUGAAUGGUUUAAAGCAUAAGAAUACUGUACUGAGAAAAUAAUCACAAUAAUUAAUGCUUUGAUGUUAUUGUUGUCCUUUCCAGGCUGCCAUUGUGGUUGUGUUCAACUUUGCAAUGGUACUACUGAUCUUCCCCGCCAUCCUCAGCUUGGACCUUCACCGGAGAGAAGACCAGAGACUGGACAUUCUUUGUUGUUUUCACAGGUAAAUAAUAUAAUUAUACUCUAAAACGAUCUCCAUAACAGGGAUAGGCUGCUGGCAACAGACAACGCAAAUAGAUUUCACUUCUGUAGAUACAAUUUUGUAAUUGUAGGAUUUUUCUAGUGAACCAGAAAUUAAACUAGGUUAUAUAUUUUUUUUGAAGCCCCUGCUCUUCCAGAGUAAUCCAGAUUCAACCACAGGAAUUUGCAGAUGCAAACGACAAUCACACCUAUCAUCCGUCUUCGUAUGGAAACCCGACCAUUACCACCAGCACCCAGAUUACCACCACAGUGCAAGCGUUUACCCAGUGUGACCCAUCAGGACACCACAUCGUCACUAUCCUGCCACCCACUUCCCAGAUCUCCACCUCUCCAUCUGUCAUCGUGCCAACCAUGGACCCACUUGGAUCCCAGGUUUUUAACCCAUCAAGUUCCACACGUGAUUUGCUGGGUCAAUUGGAUGAAAGCAAAGGAGGCAGAGAAUGUGUUCCUCUCCCCUUCUUAAAAUGGAGCCUCUCGGAUUUUGCUCGUGAGAAGUAUGCCCCGUUGUUGCUCAAGCCUGAAACCAAGGUAAUUGGUGCUUUGAUGAUACUUUCUGUGUUAUGUUUUCUUGGACUUGACGAAAAUAACGAUGAUUGAAUGUACUGACUGUUUUUUAUUUUAUUUUAUUGUUUUUUUCUUACAGGGAAUAGUGGUGGCACUGUUUAUGGCACUUCUAGGUCUUGGUUUAUAUGGUACCACCAUGGUCCAUGAUGGGCUUUACUUGACGGACAUAGUCCCACGGGAGACCAAGGAAUACAAUUUUAUCUCAGCCCAGUUCAAAUACUUCUCUUUCUACAACAUGUUCAUCGUUACCAAGGGUGGAUUUGAUUAUCCCAAAGCUCAGGAAUCAUUGUAUGAACUUCAUGAAUCCUUUGGCUCUGUCAAGUUUGUGGUACGAGAGGAGGGCAAAGAACUUCCUAAAAUGUGGCUACACUAUUUCCAAGACUGGCUGAGAGGUGAGCAUCCGCACUCUAAUAGAGUCAACCUAUCGUUCAUUGAUUGCUGAAUAGAUUCAGACAUUGUUUGGUAGUUUCUUGUAAAUUAAUUUGUCUUUUAACUUGAUUAUCUCUGUGUGUUCUUCAGGGUUGCAGGUAGCUUUUGACCGGGAUUGGGAGUCAGGUCGUAUCCUUCAAGAUAAUUACAGGAAUGGAUCAGAGGAUGGUGUUCUGGCCUAUAAGCUCCUCCUUCAAACUGGGAACAAGAAGGAACCCUUUAACUUAAAUCAGGUAUGUCCCCAAUGCAUUUCGACAAUAGUUAUUUAGAAACCAACUUCCACAGCAUCAAUCUUAUUGUACAUGGCUGCAUUCCUUGGAAUUGGUAGUAUGUUAUAUAAAAAGUUUUACUUUUAGAUUAUUAUUAUUAACAUGGAAAUUCUAUAGAAUAUUGUAUAAAUCCCAACAAAAUCUUUGCAUUUUGUGUUUUCAUGAAACCUUUUGAAAUUCUGUGGUUGGUCAUCUUUAGCCAUUCAAUAAAUUCCCACCACAGAGAACACAGCUGAACCAACUGGAUUCUUAAUAAUAUGCAUUCUAAUAAUGAGUAUGGAUAGAUUAAUUAAUUAAAUGGACUAACUUGUGAACUUUCACCUCCAUAAUGCAUGUUUUUUUUCUCUCAUCUUGGAUAGUUGACCAGCCGACGACUGGUGGAUGAAAACGGCCUUAUUCCCGAGGAUGCUUUCUAUAUAUAUCUGACCGUCUGGGUCAGUAACGAUCCAUUAGGCUAUGCAGCGUCCCAGGCUAACUUCUACCCCACACCUCCAGAAUGGAUGCACGACCGAUAUGACACUACUGGGGAGAAUUUGAGAAGUAAGUUCAAGAGGAACAUAUCACGCGUGUGAAUGAGUGAUUUCCUAAAUUAGAAUAGAGUGGAAUCCUAGAAACAGGUGUCUGCUAAUUUCUGGAAAUACCUUAUGAAAUUUACUUAGCAAUGUAGCUAAGCUCUCUCUCUCUGACGAUUAAUAGCCAUAUGUUAAGACUCUGUGGUCAAAUGUCUCUCAUAAAUAUCACAUUACCCAUAUAAUUUAAUACGUUUUAUAAAUAAUCUUCUAUGCUCGUUUGUGUAAAGGUCUAAUCUCCUUCUUUCUUGCUCUGUUCGUAGUCCCAGAAGCAGAACCUAUUGAGUUUGCACAAUUUCCCUUCUACCUAAACGGCCUUCGGCAGACAUCUGACUUCAUUGAGGCCAUUGAGAGUGUGCGCUCUGUGUGCGAUGAGUUUGUCAAACAAGGCGUUUACAGCUACCCAAGUGGGUAUCCCUUCCUCUUCUGGGAGCAAUAUAUCGGCCUGAGACACUGGUUCCUUCUGGCUAUUAGCAUUGUGUUGGCAUGCACGUUUUUGGUGUGUGCCAUCCUGCUACUGAAUCCCUGGACUGCUGGCAUCAUUGUAAGUAGGUCACACCAACUCUGCUCCACCCUGACCUACCCUCUGCUUGUAACUUUGUUUAAAUAAGGUUGACUGACAAUGAAAUUAUAUCUACAGGUCUUUAUCUUGGCGAUGAUGACCGUGGAGCUGUUUGGCAUAAUGGGGCUGAUUGGGAUCAAGCUUAGCGCUAUCCCUGUGGUUAUUCUCAUUGCAUCGGUGGGAAUCGGAGUUGAGUUCACGGUUCACGUAGCCCUGGUAAGUUACACGUUCAUGGCAGCGUUUGGUUGUAUGUGAUAUUGUCUGUUGGUCUGGGCCAUCUUUUGUCUCUCUGGGAUAGCUGUAUGGCUGUUCUUGACCCAUCCAUCCCAAUUAUAAUGUGAUGUGUCAGCCAACACAAGCUGUAGCACAGUACUAGUUGUGUGUGUUGAUUACAGAACGUGAAAUCUGUACAUCUUUGAGACAUUUCUGCAGAAUAUGUUCAGCGAUCUUACCUCUUGUUACAUCUCUUCCUCUACCCAGGGUUUUUUGACUUCUAUUGGAGACAGGAACCAACGUACAGUUUUGGCGUUGGAGCACAUGUUUGCGCCCGUUCUGGAUGGAGCCAUUUCCACUCUUCUUGGCGUCCUUAUGCUGGCAGGAUCAGAGUUUGACUUUAUUUUAAGGUAAAAACCUUGUCUUUUGUGGCUUAGUUAUUCUGAUUGUAACUCCAGCGCAGUCCUGACAAUUAUUACUAUUAUUUAUAGAGCGCCAACAAAUUCGUAGCGCGGUACAACAGGUAUUUGUGCAAAUCAAACUAUAUGCCAUGCAGCAAUUAUUGCCUUACAAACACGUUCAUUCAAACACUGAAUAUACUGAACUGAUAACUCACUUGCAAAACUGAGCACCAAAUAGCCAAACAGUGACUAAAUAGAUGGCACAUUUUUCUAAAUCAGUCAUUUUGGCCUGCAUUUUGCAAUUCACAUAUUAAUUUACUAUAACUUGUUUUCUAAUUUACUAAUUUAACACCUCAAAUUAAUCAACUGGUAAAUGUUCAAUAAUUGACAAGAGGAUUGCAAAUAGCUGACCCGAAAUAAUAGCUGAUAGCGAGAAAUUUUCACCGUCAGUUAUUUUGGUGUAAAAUUUGCAAUUCCCUUGUAAACUCUGUAUGACUCCCAUGUUAGUGGAUAAAACCCAUAACAUCGGUAUAUGUUGUAUAUUAUUAAAGGCGACCCUUCGUUCAGAUGUUACAAGGAAUUUGGGUGUGGGUGUUGGUUGUAACGAAUAUCGGGUGCGCUGGGCGCUGGUCUCCAUGUCACCCACCACUAGCGAUUUACACAUAAAACUCUCCCAUGUAUGGAGAAGAGCUACAUUGUAUCUUUUCUUCUGUGGAUACUACCACAAAGAUACUGGAAAAUCUUUUAGAGAAUCUCCCCACGCAGACGGAACUCUGCUCGCCGCGGCUUUUGUAGGUCUUUUAAUGGUUUAAGUAAACGACCGUCCCCAGGCAAUGAAGUGGUUAAAGCAAAUAUUUGGAAAUAACCUCAGCCGUUUGACGUAGUUUGAGUGAUUUCUGGGGUUCAGAGCUGAGCUGGCGAAGGAUUAUGGCCUGUGUGCUGAAUCCUGUCCAAACCAUUCCUUUCAGCCUGGGAGGUCUUGUUUAGAGGAGGGAGGAAGGAGCCUGGGCUGAUCAGGAAAUAGCAGAACUAUCCCUCAUGUAAACAGACAUUCUGUGCAGAGUUUGGGAUAAACAGCUGAACUGGUUCAGAGAUCUGACACCAGGCUCCCUCCCGCCUGCCCCAGGCCUCAGCAUGCGCCCCUCCUAAACUAAACACUCAAUGGGAGAGAUUACAAGACCCAACAUAAAUAUCACAUCCCACUUCUAAGCUUGAUACUGAUUCACAGUUUGGCUCUGGGGCCAUUUAACCCUUCCUCCUGCUCCCAAUCAGUUCAGAUCAGUCUGAUAACUCUGGUUUAGUGGAGAUGACACUCAACGGGGCAGUGUAUUGUCACCGAGCCGCUUUGACGGGUUUAAAGGGUUAAAUUGGCCAGACAGCCGUUACCCGAAUUUAGAGAGGUGAGCUGGUAAAAGGGACCCAGUUUUACACAUGUCCGUCAUCGCUGGCCAAGGGCUUGUUCUCUCUCCUUGCACAGUCUCCUAAAUCUCCCCUUCCCCCCUUCAAAGGGUUACAAUGCAGGUUCUAAUGGAUAAGGAAAGGCUGGGGGAUGGGAGCAUGCAGGAAGCCAGGGGGGGACCAACACUGACAGGCAGAAGGUCUCCAGGGGGCAGAGUCCUAAAAUCCAACUUUCAACCUUUCAAGCCUAAAAACACAGUAUAAAGGGCAGUGAUCACUUAACCCCUCUUAACCCUUUCAUUGCCACGGACAUCUGGGCUCAGCAAGGAAUUUCAAUACCCGCUCCUCACUAAAUUAUCUAACUAGUAAACUUGGUAGAGCUUGGUAGAAUCAAUUAAAUCACAUAAAUACAUAGAAAUUUUUUUUUAUUUCUUUCCUUUUCUGUGAUUGGUGCGGCUUUUUUUCCCCCCUCUAUCCGCCUUUAUAUAAACAAGACACCUUGUGCCUCCGGGGUAGAGGGAUAAUUCAGCAAAUCUACUAAACAUGCAGCAGCUGGUGGGUCCUUUUUAAUGAGCAUGUUUGCGUGAAACGUGAAUGGUCUGCACAUUAAUAGGAGAUACGGAAUAAAAACAUUUACAAAUAUAAAAUCCGUCCAGCAGUAAAGUGGGUUUUCACAGGCGAAAAAAAUGCCUUCUCGCAGUCGGUCCAUCAAUAAAACGCUUCACGUCUCCUUUUGCAUCCUUGAAAUGUUAACGUGCGCUUUCUGCCAAGGGAUUCGAGUAAACAUUACAUUUCCACUAACGCACACCUGGUAGAUAUUCUUGGCCGGAACGCCGUCUAAUGACGGUCAGCGGCGGCAGACUAUCAUGCCAGACGCAACAUUACAGAAUGCCCUAAACGUUGGCAGAAUUUCUUGCACAGUAGUUUUUUUGGGUGCCUGUGAAGUGAGAAUUAUUUGUAUUUUGCAGCCUGUUGACGUAUUCAAUAUGCAAGCCAAUCCCACCAAGAAUUGCAAUUGCAAAUCCCUUUUUUACCUAUUCUAGUAAUGGCUACAUCUGACAUUCUGGAAAUGUAUGAACAAUAUGCCCCACAAUGCUUAGCCAGCCUUGGUUGUUUACGCGGUAGUCCAUGGAGGACCUGUGUUCUGCAAUUUAAGUGACAAAUUCAUUCUUUACUUCCAGGUAUUUUUUUGCGGUGCUGACAAUUCUCACCAUCCUGGGAUUGCUCAAUGGUUUGGUCCUUCUCCCUGUGCUACUGUCUCUGAUUGGACCCCCUGCCGAGGUGAGUCUCGCAAUCCUCACCCAUUUAUGAAGGGUAUUAUUUACUAAACAUUCACUAUUCACUAAAAAAAUCAAAUUGCUCAAAAUAGUUGAAAAGUAGAAAAUAUAUAUAUACACUCCCACCCAGCUACUGCCACAUCUUGGCUAUUUUAAUUUUGAAAUUUGGUUUUCUGUUCAGGGUUUAGUGAAUGAAAUGAAAAGGAACAAUAAAUUCACAUGUUUAACGAAGUUACAUGUUUGGAAAAACAUCUAUUUCCUAUGUGUACCUUAAUUCUCUUAAGUUUUCCCGAUUGAUGAUCAGUUUUUUAUAUAUACUUCUUUUAUUGCUUCUAGGUCACCCCAACAGACAACGGCAGCCACUUACCAACCCCCAGCCCUGAGCCAAUAGCUCCCCCUCUAAACCAUCAUGGAUUCUACGCUCAGCACAAACCCGGGAAGUUUGGGGGUUUCAAUGAUCCCGAGGAUUCCACGGAGUAUUAUUCAGAGACCACCACCACAUCAGGGAUGGAGGAAGACGAUCCACAGCUGUAUGAGAGAAGUUCGUACAUCAUUCCCCGAAAACCCUCACAUAUCAUACUGGAAGCCAGCAGGGACCCUUCCUAUCCGAAGAUCAUGGUAAGAGCACUCUGUUAUUAUUGGGGCUAUAUGAUAGCUAACCUAUCUUCGUAGCAUUGCAAUCUGAAUUUUGCAAAGAUCAUGCAGUGAUAAUGAAAUUAUCUUUCCUUUCUCUUUACCAGUUGGUAAAGCCCUGCAAGGGGAACCAGGACGAACCAGUAAAGAAUGAUCCCCAGGACUUUUGUAAGAAUGAAGCUCUUUCGGCUACAGAUGCACCCCGGACUAUUUGCAAAGACCAGAAAGAAUUUCAGGAACUGAGAGACUGGAGGAGGAGGCAAUUGCCCUUUUCUAACACACAGGGCCAAACAAGGACUAACCUGCCCCCUGGCAUCAGGACUCAGCACAGCAAUAGGACUCCAGGCCAAAGGACUGCACCUCCGGCCUACUGUGCUAAGAUGCCGGGGCCUAACGGAUCUAUAACUACCGUGACCGCUACGGCCUCUGUAACAGUGGCGGUGCAUCCAGGUUUGCCUGGAGCGGUCAGGGGUUACACCCACGAGGGUUAUGAGGACAGUGAAACAGACUGUAUGGAAAUCAGACCCGAGUGGGCGAGGAAAACAAAAAAAUACCCAGAAGUGUUUGAGUUGGAAGAUCUAGAAAACGUCAGGACACAGGAGGGGUCCUCAGUCCGACACUAGGUGGGUACUCCUUUCAACACGUUGUACAACGCUAUGGAAUUUGCUGGCGCUAUAUGAAUAAUACACACUCAGGAAUACCCUGGUUUAAAAUCAGUCUUAUUCAAUUAACGUAUUGCACUAUAGUUUAAGGGUGAUUAUCUUAUCCCGAGCACGCCUGGCAGUGCCACCUAGAGGCUCUGUGUGGUACUGCCGCACUGGGCCUCGUCAAUGCAGGGAGCACAGCAAAUCGAGACUAAUUUUAAAUUACAUUCUGGGCACUGUCACUUUUACUUGAUCUGGGUCCAGCGAUUUCGUAUGGUUUAUUACAUCGUCUGCCAGAGGAAAGUUUUCAUCAGACAUCUGCCAUGUACCUUAACUGUCCAAGUGACAAGUCAAUCAGUUGAAUGGAAUAACUCUGUAUCUCUCUAUUUACAAGCCCUGAGGAGAAUAGAAUUAUCAUUAUUAUUUUAUUAUUUAUAUAGCGCCAUCAGAUUCCGUAGCGCUGUACAUCAUGUAAACAUAGAAUUAGAAUGCAGGUGAACUGAACGUUGAAUUGGAACAUUUAGGCUGUAACCCAAGUUCUCCCUAUUUUAUGGGUCUGGAGAAUUUUCCAAAUCAAGUAUUAUAGCCUACAUUUUGCAAUUCAGUUUUCAAUUAACUGACAUUUGUAUAAGCCAUUCAAUAAGCAAAUUAUUGUACAGCACGUUUAUUAUUAUAAAGUGUCAACAAUGUGUGCAGUGCAGUACAAUAGGUAGAGUUGGACGCACAGGAACAGAGGGUGCAGAGGGCCCUGCUCAAAAGAGCUUACAUUCUAAAGAUACGCAAAAAGCUUUGUUUACUACACAGUGACUUGUGAGGCGUCUACACGAUCUUAGAAAAUAUAGCCCAAAAUAGCCAUUUUAUCAGAAUACAUUUGGCAAACAAAAAUCAGUGUUUAAUCAGAGUUUAAUUUAAAGUGUGCUGUAAUAAAGAACAUUAUGUAUAACUGAAUAUGAGUUUCUCUAUUAUCAAGGAUAAUCUUAUCUCUUAUUGCAGAAUGUAGUCCGCUGUUGGAUAUUUUAAAAUGUUUUAUUAAAUUAUUUGUUUAUUGAUAUUAACAAUAAUCUGCUGGGUAAGGGGUAAUUUAGUCGGAUGGAAAUGAUCUAGCCUGCAAUGUGAUUGUGUCAAAUCUUUGUCUUAUGUCGUUUUUGUCUUUUUUUUUUUUUUUAGGACUUUGCCAACUACACAGUCCUUUUCAACGGAAAGGGUUAAAGGCUCUGCCCCGUGGACAAAACUUUACGAAAAACUCAUUGAAAGAAGACAAAAUAAUGAACAUUAAUAAUAAUAAUAAUAAUAAUACAAGAUGAAUGCAUUAGAGACUUUUCUUUAUGAAAUAUUUUAAUAUAAAAAGCAAAGAAAACAGACAAAAAAAAAAGACAAAUAAUUUUAUGUUAUUUAAUAAGCUCAUGACUUUGUACUGUACGCAGAGGGGUUGAUCUCUCUGGAAUCCUAUAUAUGUACAACUUUAACUUACCAGUUUAUGCUGCUAUCUGUUAACCCUUUCAUUAGUGGAGUGGUUUAAAACAAGGAACACACAGUGAUUCUCUCCUGAUUGUUUUGGUAAAAUAUAGUGUACCUCUGAAUUGAUUAAAGAGGGAAAGGAGGGUCCUCUAAAUUUCAUUUUUUUUAAAACCCUCAAAAACUGCGAAUCAUGAUGGUUUAUUCCCAGUGCUGGUAUGUGACGGGAUGCAUCACUAGAACAAUGAAUGGAACUUAUUGAAAUUGUGUUUCUGAAUGCACCGUUCCAAAAAAUAAAUAAAAAAUUGGCGUACUCCUGCCCUGCCAAACCCUCCCUUUUCAGCACACUGUAUUGUCAUUAGCCUGGGUGCACUGCGGUUUUAAUCAGGGGAACAUAUUAGUAAAUACAUUGUACAGGUCUGCGAUCAGCACGGCAAGCCUGGAUAAUAUAUUUUAUAUGGAUCUCUUAUAAAAAUUGUAAUGCACUCAUUCUAACGAAUGCACAUCUAUGCAAAGCAUACAGGUCUUUUUUUUUUUUUUUUUACAUUUGCUAUGGAUACAGACCAACCUGUCUGCUGCCUUAAUAGAGCUAUGUGAAGCAGUUUUGGUUGUGAAUUCCACUAGAUUUGUGUCUGGUAUUGGUUGGUUUUGCAGCGUUACACUUUGAAGGCUAACGUGAUGGGCAAUGCCUUGACUUGCUCUCCACUCUGGCUCUUAUUAAUCCUGCAUUAACCGCUCGAGAUUAACGUUAAUCAACAUCUUUUAAAUUGACACUUUUUGUAGGUAGAUGGAGCGAAAGUGGGAGAAACCUGCUUUACAGAGUUAUAAAUGACUACAAAGAGUUCAAUUAAAGCCAGAACAGGCUAAACAACGUGGUGUGGGUGGAAUCCCGUAUACAAUUAAAAUUCUUCUCCUAAAUCUCAUAGUGCUACAAAGUAUCAGUCACAGGAUUUACCCACUGCCAUAUCAACUCACUCAAGCACUGAAAGGGUUAAUGUCCUCCCCUGUCCCCCACCUCCUCUAUUAGCUGUGAAAAAAGUUAACCCUUUCAAUUCUCUGUCCCAUUAGGACAUUCGUAUAAUUGUCCCCGAGCAGGGACUAUUUUAUAAAAUAUUAUAAUUAUUAUAAUUAUUAGCUUGUUUGUAUAUUCUUUAUUGUGUGGAAACGGCAGCUUGUCUAACAUGUAAUAUAUAUAAUAAUUAACCAGCCUGCUGCGGCGCCAGGGGUCUGCGGAUGUACAGUUUUUUGCGCCGCGGGCCCCUGUGGCGUCGGUGGGUUUGUGUAUAUGUAUGUGUCUGUCUUGUGGACUGAAGCGCGGUACAAUGUCUCACUGUGUUAUAUAAGUUAUUUAUAAUAAAAAGAACAAAGCUUUAUUUUUGUAGUGUGUACAGGAAAUAGCCAUUCAACGGAAGUUUUAUUUUUAAAGAGUAAAAUAUAUUAUUAUAUAUAAAUAUA